AUGACUCCUGCAGUCUUGCCUGCCCUCCUUCCUGUGUGUGCAUGUCUGCUGCUGGCCUCAGGCUCUGCCCAGGCAGGCAAGCUGCUGGUGGUGCCCAUGGACGGCAGCCACUGGUUGUCCAUGCGCUCUGUGGUGGAGAAACUCUUCCAGAGAGGGCAUGAGGUGGUGGUGGUUGUGCCCGAGGUGAGUUGGCAGCUGGGACGCUCACUGAACUUCACAGUGAAGACGUACUCAACUCCUCACUCGCUGCAGGAUUUGGACCGGGAGUUCAAGGUUUUUCUUGACACCCAGUGGGAAACUCCAGAACAAACUAUGUUUUCUGCACUAACUGGCUCAGCCAAGGGAUUUUAUGACAUCAUGUUUUCACAUUGUAGGAGUCUGUUUAAUGACAAGAAAGUAGUGGAAUUCCUAAAGGAGAGUUCUUUUGAUGCAGUGUUUCUGGAUCCUUUUGAUGUGUGUGGCUUAAUUGUUGCCAAAUACUUUUCACUUCCAGCCGUGAUUUUCUCCAGGGUAAUAUUUUGCUAUAAUCUGGAAGAAGGAGCUCAGUGCCCCAGUCCUCUCUCCUAUGUUCCCAGACUUGCCUCAGGCCUCCCAGACACCAUGACUUUCAGAGAGAGAGUGUGGAACCACAUCUCCCACUUGGAUGAACUUUUAUUUUGUACCUACUUUUUCAAAAGAGCCACUGAUGCAGCCUCUGAAAUUCUUCAGACCCCAGUCACCAUGUAUGACCUGUUCAGCCAAGUAUCCAUUUGGUUGUUGAGAUCUGACUUUGUCUUCGAGUUUCCUAGACCUGUGAUGCCCAACAUGGUCUACGUUGGUGGAAUCAACUGCCACCAGCGAAAGCCACUGCCCGAGGUACAAUUUCUUUCCUUGGCACAAACAUUUUUUGCUCAACUUGUAUUCCUCAUUUAUGUUGGUCAUAUUACAGAUCUCUAG